AUGACUAUUGGGACACCACGAUCGAAAGCCGUUACUAGAGAGCCUGGUGGAGAUGAAACAUGCUCAACUUAUGCCCUCGAGAAACAAAUGCCUCCGAAGAAUAAUGAAGGUCCAGAUGACGAUGACAUCCUUUGUCAUAUCAUGAGAUUGAUGCAAACCACCGCCGGCUUCGGUGCAGCUUUGGGUACACUCGGCUUUACUGUCAACCUCGCUGCGCACCAUUCGCCACAAGUGUCCAAGUACUUCUGGCUCCUGGCAGGCAUGACAACGCGAGGGAAAGGGAAGACUGCCAAAUCAACCUUUUCGCUGUCAGCCAUGGGAGGCCUUAUUUCUGAUCUACGGAGAAGUCUGCGACUGGUCGGCUUGAUACCUUUGUAUCUAAGGCUGAAGUCUGUUUUGUCCGGCGAGGCAUCUUGCAACGACGAUCCUGUUCUUCGUCGAAUUUUGAUUGUCCAAUGCGGCGCAUUCGUUGUAUAUCAAGCAAUUGAAAACAUCUACCAUCUUCACAUCAAGGGCAUAGCUUCCCCAUCCAUUGUCAACCAGAAUGGGGGGCUCGCCGCAUGGAUAGCCUGGAGUUGCCGUGCUUGGGCCGUUGCGGUGGCUUGCGAUCUCUUCCGAUUAUGGCAUGAAGCACAGUGUUCUAGGGUGGGAAAUGUUGGCAAAAGAGCUCCUGAGGAGCAGGCCGUUCGAAGCAAAUGGUGGAGGGAGUUGAUCACCUCGGCGCUUUGGUUACCCGUUGCCACUAAUGGCAGCUUUUACCCUGACGGUCUCCCAUGUAUGAAUCCGGGUAGAGUCGCAUUAGCUGGUCUUCUAGCUUCUCUCAACACGCUUCAGAGUCAGUGGGAAGCUGUUGCCUGA